UCAACUUCGGUCUUUUUUCCAAUCGAGGUUCCUGUUGCAUGUAAAUCAUGUCCCUGUGGCUACAUAUUUAUUAGUCGAAAACUCUUGCAUGCUAAACGGUCUGAGAGAUCACCACCCAUCACAGAAAACAAGAGUGAGGCCAAAAGAAGACGGACAGAGAGAGUUAAGCGAGAGAAGAUAAAUUCUGCAGUAAAUAAAGACUUAGAAAACCGAAAAAGAUCCAGGUCUAACAGCCAUUCAGAUCAUAGCAGACGAGGAAGAGGAAGACCGAAGAGUGCCUCAGCCAAAAAGCACGAGGAAGAAAGAGAGAAACAAGAAAAAGAAGUUGACAUGUAUGCUAACCUUUCAGAUGAAAAGGCCUUCGUAUUUUCAGUGGCCUUGGCGGAAAUAAACAGAAAAAUUAUCAAUCAAAGACUUAUUCUGUAAUUUGUAAGCACAAUCUGGUGCAUUUAUAUGCAGAAUGGCUAGCAUAUUUCCAAGGUGUCGUGGACUCUCGGAAACUGUGUUGUCUGCACCGACAAGGACCAUAGUAUUUCCUGUUAAAAAUACUGCUGCUGUUCUUGGAAAUCGAAUUCUGUCUCUACAAGUCAGAAAGAAAGUGUUCACAAGAUUGUGCUAUGAAAAAUCAGAAAGCAAAUAUGUUUUACACCUUGAAGACAAAUGCUAGACAAAUGCACAGAGAGACUGCACCCAUUCCAGAGCACUUCUUUUAAAUUUGCUGCCAGAAAUGCAAUAUUUUAAAUAUUUUCAGAAAUAAAUGAUUUUCCUUUAAAACUAUAUAUUUCAGAUUUUUCAGCUAUAUUGCAGUUUACGUAUGUACAGUUCACAUAACUUUUUAAUAAAUUGAUAUUCCAAUAUUUUAUUGAACUGGGAAUUAAGUACAUUUGUGAUAUUUAGGGUGUGUUGGUCUUAAUCCUCUUAGAAAUCUGGUAUUCAUCCUAGGGGUGACUUCAGAUUUGCAUUUUUUUUAAUAGGUGUGAUAUAAUUCCUAUAGGAAGAAAAUUAAAGUGAUUUCAUUUGGGGGGAUUAUUCUGCUUGACAACUUGAUAUUGUUCAUGAAUUCUCUCUAGAAAAUGAUUGCCUGUUACAGAGUUGUUUUUUAAAAAUUGUAUAUACUUUUUGGGGUCAGACUCCUGAAGUUUGAGAGCCAAGCGCUUGUUUUGUAACCACUGUUUGCUGUGUCUCUGCCUUGUCCAGAUGGUAAGUACUCCUCCUAUACUCUUUCUUGGACCAUCACUUACUGGAGGGGGAGAGAAGCAGCCAUCAGACAUGUAGAUCUGCAGCUAGCAUCUUCUUGCUGGUAUUUCCAAAAGAUGAGGAUAUGCUAGUUCCUUUUACUCUCAUCAGCUUUUUUUUGUCUGUCUUUUGAAAGUGUAAUUCUUAGUGGUAUUGUCUUCAGACUGUUGACUGUAAAUACCAAAGCAAAGGUCUACAUGAGUGUGCAAGAAUUAGCUGUUUUGGUAGAAAUAGGUUUGGGGAAAACAUUCAACAAAGUCAUCUUUGUUAAAGUGAUAUAGUGCAAUUUGAGCCAAAACUCUAAGAUUAGUAAAUAUAUGGGGGUUUUGCCUUACAGCACACCACCCCCCACCCCCCCAAAAAAAAACCCCAAACCAGUUCAAGCCCUGUAAAAUCCUGAGGGAGGAGAUGUAGAAGGCAAUUGCAUUCAUAAAAUAUGACAUAGGAGCUUUUUGUCAUUUUUCAUUCACUCUUUUCUAAGAAGCGGAAUACAAAUAAAUGUCUUGAUUUUUCUUUAGUGUUACUCAUGCUUUUCAGUAUUACAUUACUUUAAUAGUGAGACUUGCAUAAUGAGAUUCUGUUACAGAACUGAUCUCUGGGUGGAAGCAGAGAUUUUUAUUAAUGUAGACAAUCAAAUACUGACUGCUAAUUAGUUACUGGUUAAAGGAAGGAGCUGUGAUAGUUUUGAGUUGAACCACAAGUGACUGAUCAGAUGCAAAUUCUGUAAGCAGAAGCAGGAAAUCUGGAAAGCGAUUUUUAAUUCUUAACUCCUAAGGAGUAAUUUGUGUCUUUUCUAACGCUGAGAGGGAUGGGUGCGGAAAUGCGCUUGAACCACUAAUCUACAUUUGUCUUUAUUCCAGUAAAUGAGGAAUAGCAAACACGAGACCCACUUCCCUACAUGAUGUAGACUUCUGCUUUCCAGAACCGUAGCCUGUCACAGAUACCAGUAGUAAGGACAGAUGAGUAACUGUUAAGGAUAGAGCAUGUAUUUGUGUGGUAAGUUAUUAAAGUCAGAAUGACAAAAGGGAAGUUCUAAUUUUGAAAACUUAAGAUGAUCAGGCUUGUGUUGAUUCAGUUGCUAGAAUGAGAUCUAAUGUGUUAAGAAGGUACAAAGGGAACUACUAAUGCAGUCUGUUUGGUGCUCUAACCUGCAUUCCUACAGGUAUCUCUUUCUUUCUGCUCCUAUACAUGGAAUUAAAGUUAUCUUCAGAGGACUGAAGUUAAUGGUGUUAGAUGUGACAAAUUUUAACUUACGACUUUAACAUUUAGAUUGGUUUCUUCUCUGACAAGUACUGAAAAAUACAUUUGUACUUAUCAAAAGCGCAAGGCUGUUUUUCUCCUUCAUUGGUGGAGACUCUCUUGAAACAGUGUUUGAGUUCCAUUUCUGUACGUCUUCCCUUUUGUCUCUUCUGUCAGCUCUUCCCCACUUGUGGUCAUGCUACUUUUCCUUCCCCUGCUGGCUUCCAGUUUCUUUGAGAAAGCUGUGAUGGAAGCAGGUGGCCUUGAAAAUAUCCUAGGGAAGAGAGUGCUGCUUUGCCAGUGGGUUUUGAAAAGCAAGAGUCUUGACUUUCUCUUCCCACCAACCAGAAACAAACCAUUCUUUCCUAUAUAGACAGGACACUUCAGCAUCUUCCAAAAGCCCUGGUAACUCAGUGGUUGUGGUAAGCUAAGAUACAGAUUUCUUGGAAUACAUUCAGUGACUGAACUGGAAAGCGUCUGCAUUGUAUGAAAUAGGCGUCAACACAAUGGCAUCUCAAGAGCUCUUUCUACGUUAGAGAUGAUCAAUGGAUGAAACACUGUGGCAAAUCAUUCUAGAUUAUAGUUAUAAAAUGUAUUGGAUCUCAGUCUAUGAAAGUAAAAUAAAGUCAGUGACAGCUAAAUGAUGAGAGAGUAAAAUUCUAAGUACUGCAGCUCUGACUUGGAAACUGUAGUUUCCAAGAAGCAAGAAUAAAUGCAUAACACUUCAGGAAGUUGCUUAUGCGAAACUUUUUUUUUUGACUCUUUAGUUCCAGUAUAAAAUCUUUAGGCCCUGCCUUUGAAUGUCUUUAUGGUUCAGUCUAACUUAAUUUGUUUCUUGUACCACAAGACCUCACACAGAAUAAUAAUAAUCUUUCAGAAAAAGUAAAUUUGACUUCAGGUUUUUUAGUUAACUUGAAAGAAGACCAAUUAUAUAACUGUCACAAAAAUACGACUCCACCUCUAUACUGCAGCUACAUGUUGACUUGCCGGACUAGAUAAACUUAAUGUUGUAAAAUGAAUAGUAGUUUAGGAUCAUAUGGGAGAACUGCCUGUUUAUAAACCACCAUCUAGCAAUCUUUGCUUUCUGCCACUUCUUUUCCCUUUUUUUCAGAAGAACUGUUUCCAGUGGUUAUAUGUCUGUGUAAUAGCAUGUUAGACCAUUAAGCAGAUUCAAGAUUCAGAUCCUGGCUUGAGAUUUCUCUGCAUUUACUCUGUUCUGUUACUAGAUGGCAGCCUUAUUCUAGAUUAUGUCUAAUGAGGUGUUCUUACUAUUCAUACUAGGAAGAGCAUAGUUUUUGGUGAAAGUACACUGGAAGAUUAUUUUUCUUUAGAAUAUCACUUGCACGUAUCUAACUUGGGAGCCUAAAAUCCUGCUGAUGGGUGUUACUGGCUAUCUGCACUGAAAGUAGAUGGCUUCAUCAGUUGUGGGAUGUUAGCUCUUGAGCCUUAAAAAUUGGUAGAGAUGAAUAAUUUGUCAAGACUGAAUAACUCUGAACUUUCAGUUGGCAAUUUAAUAAAAAAUGGCUUAAGGAAACUUUUUUUUUCUGCAGCUCCCCUGGAAGUCCUGUAUUUUUUUUGUUUUUAAGUUUUCUUUGGUCAAAUUUUACAAACAUCUCUAGUUUUCUUGUUAUUUUCACUCUAAUACUGUUGCAAUUGAUUUUAAAAAGUUGAAAAUGGGGCAAGGUAUUGGGGAAUACUUUGCAGAUUAUCAUCACCCUGUGGUUGGGCAGCAGGAUUUACAGAGAGGGAGACUAGAAUUGAGAUAUUUGCUUCAAUUAUCAGGUCCUAAACACAGUCUUUGGGUUGGUUUUACUUAGUGCCUUUUAAUUUUUUUGAGUUUUUGUAGGUUUGGGGGUGGGGUUUUUUUUGGGUGAAACAGUGAUCCAUGUAGGUUACUAGCAGCGCUGUGUCUUCCUUGUAUCUUGGACUGUACUAUUGAGGAUGCUUAGUGUCUUAAUGCCAAACAGGACACGGUGCUCGACUUCUGUAAGAUGCUGAUAACCUUUAAGGUAUUGCUAACCUGUGAUUAAACAAUGUAACCAGAACGCUGUCUUAAACCACUGUUCUGUUUAAGGUUUUCUGAGUUGCUGUUCUGCAGAAUAUGAUUCCUCUGCAUACAUGAACAUAUGCAGGUAUUGCCAAUGUCCUAUUUUGUAUCUCUAGGUGCAUCUAUGCAAGUGUUCUUGUUCGGAUUUGGAGCAUGUGUUUGAAGAAACUUCCCGACAGUCUUUACUUCCAGUGCUUAUGUUUGCAUCGUGGAAUGGUUUUGGGCAGGAAGGAAUUAGAUUCCUUUUACAAAAAAACUGACCUUGAAGAUGUCCUUCAACUCUUUGUGGGUGUCUGGUCUGCAGAACCAGGUCUGCUUGUAGCAGAUGUCGGGCUCUCAUUACCAACUGUUUCACUCUACAGAUUUCCCAUUGUGCCUCACUUCUUGCUUAUUAUGAAAAUACAGCAGAACAAAUGUUAAGUUUAACCAAUGCUUUCAGGUGAGUUGUUAUCCUUCAAAGUAUUAAUAAUGCCAUUGGUGUUUUGUAAGCUCCCUACUUCUUUAUUUCACUGUGGAUUCUGACAAAUAUCCCCUAAUGAAUCCAACUGUAACAUUUCAAGAUGUUGUUUGCCUACCCUUUUUGGAGGUUGCAACCUAGGUAGCAGUGAUGGUAGAACAGCUCUAAUAAGUGGUAGAAUAUUUUUUUCCCCCCCUCUCCUUUAGGCUGUCAGUUUCAAACUCACUAGUAGUUACAGAAAGUCUGGCUGCCCCAAAGUUGUAUCUGAUUAAGCAGUUUUUCUGUAGAGAUGAAUGGUGAUCAAUUUUGCUGUUUUGUGGUUGACACUGCAGAAAUACACUGUAUGACUUCAGUAGAUAUUGCAAAUUCAUAAUGAACUGCAAAUAUCUGUAAAUUAAUGUGCUAGAGUGGUUUUUUCUGCUCUUACUUUAAAAAGGGCUGCUCAUAGCUGCUAGCUGUUCAGUGGGAUGUGCAGUCUAAGUCAAAAUCAAGAAAUCGAUUAGGCAGAAGGCAGUGGAAAUGGAAAAAUCUGUUGGUUU